GAAAGUUAUAGGACUAUCGAAACAGGGACUCAGCUUUGUAAGACCAAUUCCAAAACACCACCAGCGCUUUUUUAGUUUCAGAGAUGAACAUAGAUGGGGAGCGCAUGUCCUCCGGUAACGGGAAACUUCGCCAAUGGUUAAUCGAGCAGGUGGAUACGGGCAAGUACCCUGGGCUCGUGUGGGAGAAUGAUGAGAAGAGCAUCUUCCGUAUCCCCUGGAAGCACGCGGGCAAACAGGACUACAAUCGAGAUGAGGAUGCGGCUCUCUUUAAGGCCUGGGCUCUUUUUAAAGGCAAGUACCGAGAAGGCAUUGACAAGCCUGACCCACCCACGUGGAAGACGCGCCUCCGUUGCGCGCUGAAUAAAAGCACUGACUUUGAGGAGAUAGUGGAACGCAGUCAGCUGGACAUCUCUGAACCAUACAAGGUUUACCGGAUUAUCCCAGAGGACGCAAAGAAAGGCUCCAGGCCUUUGGGGGAGGCAGGGGUGCAUUUGACAUCCCCCCAGUACCAGCUGCACCCCACAUACGCUCCUCCACAGAACCAGCUGGGUAGUUACGUUCCCGGUCAGGAGUAUGGCUGGAGGGGCCACCCAUGUGAAGAGCCUCCACAUGCGGACUACAGCAACACGCCCUACAGCCCAGCACACACACCCUGGGAGAACGGUUACCAGUUCAGUGGUUCCUUCUUCAGCUGCGGCCCCUCAGAGGUGCUGCCCACACACUUCGGCUUUCCCCAGCCGGGCUUCAGAGCCGCCGACGCCAUAUCAGACCAUCGGCUGGUGGUGAGUGUGUUCUACGGCGGCAGUCUGGUGUCGGAGGUGACGGUGCUGAGAGCAGAGGGGUGUGUCCUCACGCCAACGUCUAACGGACACGCCUUCCAGCCAACCAGCGGACCAGAGGUGGUGCCCCUCCCACAGAAGGCGGGGUUUGAGGGUGGAGUCCACCUCUGGGUGGGGGCCGGGGGCCUGUACGCCCGCCCCUUCGGUUCCGGCGAUGCAUUCUGGGAAGGGGGCCAUGCGCCGCACACGGACAAGGCCAACAGGAUGGAGAGGGAUCAAGUCAACAAGCUGAUGGACUACCAUGCUUUACUCACAGAGCUGCAGGGGUUCUCUCUGCAUUCCCACUCUCUGCCUCGCUUCCCCGUCAUCUUGUCCUUUGGAGACGACACAGACAACGAAAUACAGAGAAGAAGCCUGACUGUACAGGUGGAACCUCUGUUUGCCAGACAACUUUUCUACCUCAGUCAACCCGCCGGAAACUACAUCAGAAGCCAUGACUUCUACACACACACACACGCUCACGUGCCCACACACACAAGCCCGACUGAGCUGUCGCCUCCCAUCUCACAGGACUAUGCCAGAGUCGCCACACACCCACACGCCAGUGCCUUGCCAGAGUGACUCCCUUGAGAGUGUGUGUGUAUGUGUUCGCGUGUGUUUUUCACUGGAUGCGUAUGUACAGUAUGUUUGUGUGUACUUGUUCAAAUGGCAGCUUAGCCUCUUGCUGUUCACCACUCCAUCUGUGGAAAGCUGAACACUGAAAAGCCGGCCACUGAAAAAGCUUGAACUCAUUAAGACACAGCGUUAUAAAUUAGCUGUUAUCAGAAUGGCCAUGACGCAAGUCGUAGUGCAUUACUAAAGGCCCUGUGUGAUGUCAUAGUGGUGUAGUACUAGGCCUAGUUUAUUUUUAAAUGACUAUCACAGUGUUCC